GCUGCAGCUGGCUGGCCGGCUGAGCUUGGCGGUUCGGUUCCUCUCCCCGCACACUCAGACGCUCUGCGGCGGCAGACAGGUGGUCCUCGUCCCCCUUGGCGAGUUCUCGGCGAGUCCGACGGUGUCGGAGCGGAUUUUUAAAAAAAGAUUAUUUGACGUGUCCCGACCGAAGUGAACCAUCCUUACCCGCCCACGUUUUGCUGUGGCGCCCCUUUGAGUGAUGAAGCCGAUCAGAACUGAAAGGCGCCGUCCCGACUCUUCCAGUGACUGAAAAGUCUUCAGCGAGAAAGUAGUUAGCAUCAGCGCUCCUAUGCUAACAAGCGCUCCCCGCCAUGCUGGCCAAUGAGCCCCAGAGCCGCGGCCCCGCCGCCCCGGACGCGGCCCCCCUUGCCGUUGUGCCGCCGCCGCCUCCACCCCCUCCUCCGCCUCCCCCCGUGGUGACCCACCCCGGCAGGAAGAAGCGUCGGGUGCGCAGCUUCUUCUGGAAGCCCAUCCCCGAGGAGAAGGUCCGCGAGAGACCCAACAUCUGGACGCUAGUGGGACGGCAGCAGCAGUACCAAAUAGACGUCCGCUCUGUGGAGGAGCUUUUUGGUCAGCAGGAUGAGGCGGGCCGAGGGGCGGCGUCCGCUCCCGGGACGGCGGCUGGGCUCAACCGGUCCCGAUCGUUCAAGGAGAGCAGCAAGGAAGAGAUCAGCAUCCUGGACUCCAAGAGGGGGAUGAACGUGGGCAUUUUCCUCAAGCAGUUCAAGAAGUCCAACCCUUGCAUUGUGGAGGACAUACGGCGAGGACGCGGCGAGGCGUACGGAGCCCAGCCUCUCAAAGACCUCCUCAAGCUGCUGCCCGACACGGACGAGAUGAAGAAGCUGCAGGCGUUCCGAGGCGACCCGGACAAGCUGACGCUGGCCGACUCUUUUAUGUUCCUCCUCAUCCAGGUGCCUCGCUUGGAAGUGCGCAUCGAGGCCAUGGUGCUCGGCGAGGAGUUCCUCCCAUCCUGCGCGCUGAUGAGUCACGACGUCGAUGUGGCACGAGUCGCCACUCGAGAGUUGAUGUGUUGCGAGGAGCUUCACGCCAUUUUGCAUCUGGUGCUGCAGGCGGGAAACAUCAUGAACGCGGGAGGCUACGCGGGGAACGCCGUGGGCUUCAAGCUGUCGUCGCUGCUCUCCUUGGCCGACACCAAAGCCAACAAGCCGGGAAUGAACCUGCUGCACUUUGUUGCUAUGGAGGCUAAGAAAAAAGACGAGGCGCUGUUAAAGUUUCCUGAAAAACUGAUCCACAUCCAGAGUGCCGCCAGGAUCUCGGUGGAGAACAUGGAACUGGAGUUCUCGUCCUUGUAUGUCCGAAUCCGAACUCUGGAGGAGAAGGUUCGUGAAGAUCCCGAGUUAAUGCCGCAACUGGAGCCUUUCCUCCAGAGUUCUACGAAGACUCUGACGGAUCUGAAGCGUCGCCGUCUGGACCUUUGCAGAGAAGGCAACGCUCUGGUGGACUUCUUUUGCGAGGACAAAGACGCCUUCAAGCUGGACGAAGGCUUCCGCAUCUUCCACGACUUCUGCGUCAAGUUCAAGAAAGCCGUCAAGGACAACACCGAGCGCGAGCUGAAGGAGGUGGCGAGGCAGCGUCGCUUGAGGGAGCUGGAGGAGAAACGACUAGCGUGGUCGCUCCAAGUCGGCGGCGGCAGCGCCUUCGCUCGCAGCAGCAGCGAGAAUGACGUGGAGACCCUCACCAAGGAAGGCCUCUUGGACUUCUUUCAGGGGAGAUCCAAGAGUCCUCACAGUCCGCCGGGACGUUCGUCCAGCGCCCGCCGCCACCGCCACACCCUGACGUCCAUCGCAGACCGGGAACUCCACAGCUACCUGGAGCUGUUCGGAGACAAGUUCAACAGCCUGCCGCGCUCGGGCCGCGCCCCGCAGCGUAAAAGCGCACCUUGGAUGGACAACCGAGACCUGACGUCUCCUCGUGCCGAAACCGAACCCAUCAGCCCUCUUGCCAGGUUUUCCUCGGCGGGGCUGAAGGCCGACGAGGACCGAUACAACAACAACAGCAGCAGCAGCAGAUACUCGUGUCCUCCUCCAUCUUUUGGUGGCCACAUCAACGUGAACGUCGAGAAGCACACUUUGGUUCCUUCUCUGCAAGCCUUUCACCUCCAGACUUUAAAUUUUGUCAAUCAGGACGACAUCCAGCUGAUUGAUCUGGAACGAGACCGACAUUCCGGAACUCUGGAUACAGAUCCGGGACUAGCGAGAGAUUCUUUGACGCAAGAGGACGAAACCAGCUCGCUUUCCUCGACAACCUGCGACACCCCCCUGCCCCUGGACACCCCCUUGUCCAAUAAGAGGCCGGCGUUUUACGUCCCGGACUGCACCGAAGCCGACUGCUCGGUCACCCUGGACGUCUCCGAAGUCGACAGCUCGUCUCUUUCCAAAGAGGGACUUCGUCCUGGAGCCGGUGACAAAGGCAGCCCCGGAGAGCUCAGUUCUCCGUCCGCCGAUUUGGACUCUCCCGGGGAGUCUUCGGUACCGAGAACGAUGGACGUCGCCUCUGCCACGCCGCCCGAGUGGGGAAGCGAAAGCUUUGACGACGCUGCGGUGAAAGAGACUCGAAAGAGCGGAAAACCGAAAAACAAGGCCGGGGACGAAGGCAGCGAUGCCGCCAAUGGGGGCGCUAGCACUUCUAGCAGCGGUCUCGGCGGAAGCGGCGGCGCUGUACGGACGCUAACCAGCAGCGAAAGCCAGAGCAUGCGGAAAGUAGUGCCGAUUAGCCGACUUACCAGGACGGGGAGCAAAAAGAAAGCAGAGGCCACUCUCGAUCCACCCCACCGCGACCAAAGCACCCCACCGAGAGGACGGCGCGAAAAGACCCUCAGACCCCAGCGACACUCCAGUCUACCUCCUGACGACUCCAAACCCGAUCAAGGCGGCGGCGUCUUCCCUAUCGCCACGUCGAGAUGCGCGUGCGAUUCCAGUAACUUAAAAAAAAACUCCUCCCUCAGUAAACCCAGCGCCAAACCCUUGAGGAAUCUCCCUAAGCCGGCCCCCGAAGAGAAGAUGUGCCGUUCCACCAUGAGGGCCCAAGUCCAGGGCGGCUCGCUGUCGGAAAGCAGCAGCUCCAAGAAUUCCCCCGACCUUCCCAGCUUCGCCCGCAACACAGUAGCGUCGUCUUCCCGGACCAAGAAGGAACGGUCGGCUCACGUCGCCGCCGGGUUGAGUCGGCAGGCGUCCGUCAAGCAGACGAAAUUAGCCUCGGCCGCUGCGGGUGCUGAGGAGCGGACGGGCGUCCGGCGAGUGCACAGCGUCAAGGCGAGCAGUCGCGCCGCCUACCGUAGCCAGACGCCGCCUGCGCAGUCUCGGGAUUCGGGGACGCCAAGCAGGAGCGCUAAACCCAGCUGGAAGUGA